AUGGGCCGUCGGAGCAAGAAAUAUAAGCCUGAUCGACCCCCGUCAAUGGUGGAUAUUGGAAACUUGCUGUGGCCUGAAAUGGCACCGAUGUCAGACGAACCUUCACGCACUUCUAGCAAGGAAUCUCUUCUAGGCACGGUGCCCCUGCAG